UAUCUAUACUAACCAAAAUACUUCCCUACUCUGUCGCCGGCGAAAGUAAACAGAAAAAGUUAAAACAAAAAGCAAUAAUAUCUUUACUCCAAUUAUAUUUACAAAAAACGCGAAAUUAAUUAUGAAUGAAAAACUUCUAUUGUCAACCGUUGAAACUUUGGCAUGCAAACAACAAGUUGUGCGGGCUGUUCGGUUCAACGUCGACGGAGCUUAUUGCCUAACUUGUGGUGCUGAUAAAAAAAUUAAACUAUGGAAUCCUUACAACAAUUUAUUACUGAAAACCUAUGGCGGACAUGCAAAUGAGGUAUUAGACGCGGUCGGUUCAUGCGACAGUAGCCAUAUUAUAUCAGGUAGCGCAGAUAAAUCUGUUAUAUUAUGGGAUGUGACUACAGGGCAGCCCCUGAGGAGAUAUCGAGGUCAUGCGAGUUCUGUAACAUGCAUUAAAUACAAUGAAGAGUCCACAAUGGCUAUUUCUGGAUCCAUAGACAACACAGUUUGUUUCUGGGAUGUUAUGAGCAGAAGGCAAGAGCCCGUUCAGAUUUUAAAAGAUGCUAAAGACACUAUAACCUCUUUGCAGGUAACAGAUCAUGAAGUUUUGACUUCAUCUGUAGACUGCCAUACACGUUUAUACGAUUUGAGGGUAGGGAAGAUGUUUUCUGACUAUAUCGGACAUGUAGUUACAUUUGCAAGCCUAACUCAUGAUGGACAGUGUUAUAUUUUAAGUUGUGCCGAUAGUACAAUUAAAUUGUUUGAUAAGGAUUCUGGAGAGCUAUUAAAUACUUUCACUGGUCACGAAAGUAAAGAUUAUUUGUUAGAAAAUGCAGUGAAUGAAAAGGAUAGUCAUAUAAUAUCUGGUUCAGCAUCAGGAGAAGUGUUUUAUUGGGACUUAGUUUCAAGUACUUGUACACAGAAAUUAGUCCAUAAUAAGAAUAAGCCUAUUGUAUCCUUAAGCCAUCAUCCAACGGAUAAUUAUCUGUUAACAGCCAGUGAAGACGAAGUCAAACUUUGGGGUGCUCCCAAAAUGGAAGAAUAAAUAAAUUUAAUAAUUUUUUUACAA